UCUUGAAUAAUACGCUUCCCGUCCUACUACCACAUUGAACAUGUCGUACGCCGAAAUCGCCUCCAAAGGCCCCAAGCAGACUCCCGAGGAGGCUGCGGCACCUCAACCGCCCCAGGUCGAGUCUACCACAAGCGCGAGCACCUCGUCGCUGAUUGACGUGGACGCGCCGUCGGUGCGCACCGUGCCGUCCGACUUCGCCGAGCAGGACAUCCAGACGGACACGCAGGCGGCGCGCGUCGAGCGCGAGGAGCAGGCCGCCGAGGAGGAGGCCGAGGUCCGCGCGCGCGCCGAGGCCGACCUCGCCCGCAAAAAGGCCCGUGCCGGCAGGGCUGCCCGCCGUGCGGAUAACUGGCUCACCAAGCACCUCGAGAGCAUGGGCGAGGGCCCCGCCCGCGCUGUGGCCGCUGCUAACUUGCUGGCUGUUGUGGGUUUGAGUGGAUGGCUGGGAUUCAAGGCGUGGGCGCUGUAUGAUAGGGGCCGACUGGGGUGGAGGGAGAUGGGGAUUGGUCUUGGAGUGUUGGGUGCUGUUGGCGCGGUGGAGGGUGUGUUUGCCAAUUACUUCUACAAGGCCAGGGCCAAGGAUCAAUAGGCGGUUGGACGAUCAUGCUACGUCUGCAUGCUACGUCUGCGCGCAGGUCGGAAUGGCAGCGAAAGGGUUGGGUGUGUUUGAUGCCUCGCUUGUCGUGACUCCGGAUCCAGUUCACCAAGGUCAUGGCUAUGGUUCUAUCUCCUCUCCUUACUUGUAUUCUCCUUACAUCCCUUGUGCAUAGUGUCAUGAGACAUGUCUCCAUACUUGUCUAGUGUAUCUCAAUCGAGCUGUUUUUCACGACGACCCGCAGUGACGCAAGCGUACGGCGCCAAGGAGCAAGGGCUACCGGUGGAGAUGAGGGCCAUUCAGAAAUCUCGGGUCCGAACAGUGCAACCAUUCAUGCCUUCUGAGAAACCAUCAGAGCUCUCUAG